GUGUGUGUGUGUGUGUCAGGUGUCUGAGUUGUAGGUGAGGCUUCACCCUGCAGGGACACGAUCAGUGUGUGUGUGCGCGUGUGUGUGUGAUGAGUGUUUAGAAGAACAAUCGAAGCUCUAAGUGAAGAUGUACGUGAGCUACCUGUUGGAUAAGGAGAGCGGGAUGUACCCCAACGCCGUGCGACACCCCAGCCUCAACCUCAACCCUCAGAACUUCGUCCCCGCCGCCCCUCAGUACACGGAUUUUACUGGAUAUCACCAUCAUCAUCAUCACCCUCACGUCCCGGGCUUUAACGACGUCAACCAGACGAGUUCUGCGUACGCGGCUCCCGCUCCUCCCGCUCCUGUUCCCGCUCGGGAUGACUGGAGCCCUUACGGGCCCUCGGCCCCCCCGAACCCCUCCUCCAACCCGGGACAGAUCGGCUUCGGGCCCCCCGACUUCCCUCCGUCCAACCUGCAGCCCUCGGCCCUUCUUCAUCCCUCCAUCAGCUCAUCGUCAUCAUCAGUCGCUCCUCUCUCACCCAGCGAGCAGCGCAGGAACCCGUACGAGUGGAUGCGCCGGAGCGCCGCGCCGCCCACCAACCCCGGAGGAAAGACCAGGACGAAGGAUAAGUACCGGGUCGUGUACACGGACCAUCAGCGCCUGGAGCUGGAGAAGGAAUUCCACUACAGCCGCUACAUCACCAUCAGGAGGAAGGCGGAGCUUGCCACGGCCCUCAGCCUAUCAGAGCGACAGGUGAAAAUUUGGUUUCAGAACCGGCGCGCCAAAGAGAGAAAGAUUAACAAAAAGAAGCUGCAGCAGCCGCAGGCGUCCACCACCACGCCGACUCCGCCCAGCUCCAACAUCACGAGCAGCGGCGCGGGCCUGGUGUCGUCCUCCAUGCCCAUGAGCAUUAAAGAGGAGUACUGAGAACACACACCCAACCGUACACACCUGUCAUAUCCAUAAUCAUGAUAUUUAACAUGCUUUUUUUUUGUUAUUCUGGACCCUGAAAAUUUCCAAAGGACGUUUUUUGUGCUUUAUUUGAGUAAUUUUUAGUGAAAGCUUUAACCUUUCUCUCUACAUGUCCUCAGUCGUCUUUACGUCUACCUUCGCUUUUCAUUCCAUGCUCUGAAAUAUUUGUAAAUGCUUUUGAUUCAAAUGGUAAAAAACUAACAAGUGUAUA